UGAUCUGCAUCCUGCUAAGCCAGCAGCGGCAGCCAUCUCAAGGCAGGAGAGGCGCAAAGGGAAGUGGAGCCAGCAGUGCGCGAUGAUGGCCCGGUCUUGCUCUUCCCUGUUUCUCGCGGCGGUGGCGGUGGCGCUUGUCCUCGCGGUGCCGUCGCUCGCCAGCGACCCCGACAACCUCCAGGACAUCUGCGUCGCCGAUCUCAACUCAGAGCUCAAGCUGAACGGGUUCCCGUGCAAGGCGAACGCCACGGCGGAGGACUUCUUCAGCGGCAUCCUCGCCAAGCCCGGCGCCACCAAUACCACCUCCGGCUCCGUCGUCACCGGCGCCAACGUCGAGAAGGUGCCCGGCCUCAACACCCUCGGCGUCUCCCUCUCUCGCAUCGACUACGCCCCCGGCGGCCUCAACCCGCCGCACACCCACCCGCGCGCCACUGAGCUCGUCUUCGUCCUCUACGGCGAGCUCGACGUCGGCUUCAUCACCACCGCCAACAAGCUCUUCGCCAAGACCAUCUGCGAGGGCGACGUCUUCGCCUUCCCGCGGGGCCUCGUGCACUUCCAGAAGAACAGCGGCGACAAGCCCGCCGCCGUCAUCUCCGCCUUCAACAGCCAGCUCCCCGGCACGCAGUCCAUCGCCAUGACGCUCUUCGGGGCCUCCCCGGAGGUGCCCGACGACGUGCUCGCCAAGGCCUUCCAGAUCGGCACCGAGGAGGUCGACAAGAUCAAGUCCAAGUUUGCACCAAAGAGUUGAAGAGCUUCAUGGAGCACCUUCCGCGCUUUUGUUCAAGUUCCACUGGUUUAUUUGCUUGCUGAUUUGUUUGUCUUGCAAUAACUGCGUUACGCACACGUACAUAGCAUACUUGUCAGUUUCGCAGCUCGCUCAAAUUACGUUCUGCAAUGAAGUUGGAUAACGCCAA